AUGGUUUUUUUCAAUAAAUAUCUAAAUUUAAUAAGGAAAGCUGAUCUGUUUGGAAUUCCUGUCAAUUUUAAUAUAAACUAAUAGGAUAAAUAUAAAACUAGUAUCGGAGGAUUCUUUUCAUUAAUAAUGUUAAUGAUUGUUUUCAUAUUUUUUUGGACAAAGACUAUAGAUUUUUUAACAAAGUAAAAUAUAAUUAUUUAGACAAAGACCUAAUUUAUAUAAGAUCCUCCAGCUAAAAAUAUUACUAGUAAUAGCUUUAUGUUUGCGAUUAGAUUAGAUUAAGAUGACUUUAUAAAAAAUCCUUUUUUUAAUGUAACUUUAAUUAAAAGAUUUGACUAUUUAAUUACUCUUUAAGGAUAAUUUAAUUCUUAGACUUUUUAAUUUGCUAAAUUUGAAAUAAAAUUAUGUGAUUAAAAGAAUCAAGUAAUUGGAAAUUGUCACUCCGAAGAAAAGGUUGAAGAGUAUGUUAAAUAGUAAGGAGGAUCGGUGGGUGUUGCAUUAGUUAUAACAAGCAGUAUAUUGAAUCAAGAAAAUUCAAAAAAUUAUAAUCAAUAUUAUUUAAAUGAAGAUCAUUAUUUUACUUUUGUUCCGAAAAAAAUGAGAAAAAACACAGAUACAUAUUUAAGAACUGUUACUAUAUAAACUGAUGAAAGUCUGACUCCAUACUAAAAUAUUUAUAAUGAAAAUAUAGAACUCUAUGAAUUAAAUGAUAUGAAAACAACAACUGAAUUAGAUAAUAAUACUAAUACUUAUAUAUAAAUAUAUUUAAGAGCUAGUCAAAUCUAUAAAAUAUACUAAAGAAGUUAUUAAAAGAUUAGUGACAUGUUAAGCCACUUAGGAGGAUUCAUAUAAAUUAUUUUCGUUUCAAUAAGUAUUAUCAUGAUUUAAUAUAAUAAGUUUUAAUUUACAUUAGAUUUAGCCAAUGAAUUAUAUUAAUUUGAUUUUGAAGAUUAAUAAAAUAAUUAAAUAGAAAGCAAUAAUUAAGAAAUAUAAUAAAGUUAAAUAUAAAGAAAUUCUUCUGAUUUCAAAAAUAAUUAUAAAUUGUUAAAAAAAAAUAGUGAAAAUACAUAGGUUACGUUUAAUAUAAAUAAUAAUGAUAAAAAUGUAAAAUAAAAGAUUAUUAUUUUAUAUUUUUAUUUAUUAAAUAUUUAAAUAAGAUUACUAAUAUUGAAAAUUAUAUAACUAAUAAUAAUAAUUAAAAAAAUUACUAUUGGAUAUUCUAAAUAAAUGUUUUACUAAUUAAAUUAAUUGAAAGGCUUGAAUUUAUAAUCUAAAAAAAAUUAUAUAAUUGAAUAGUUUUAAAGAAUAGUAAAUCUAAAUUACAAAAAUAAAUUAUAAUUCUGUUAAAUAUUUAAUUUUUGUAAAAUAAAUAAACUUAGAUAUGAAUUAUUAUAAAAAUCUAAACAAUAAAUAUCAAAAGAUUUAGAUAUAUUUCUAAUUUUAGAUAAGCUGUAAGAAAUAGAUAAAUUAAAAUAAAUUUUUUUAAACGAACAGCAAUUAAAUCUUUUUAAUUUUAUAUAAAAACCAAAAAUAUCAAGAAAAAAUUAAAUAAAUUUAAAAUAAGUAUUUAAAGCAAAUAUUUAUAGAAAUACAUAAUAAAAAAUUUCAACUCAAUAAAGUCCUCUUUAAAAUAAAUAAACAAGUAAAAAAAGAUUUAAUUCACUUUUUAAUUUAAAAGAUAAGUUUUAAAACAUAGAAGCGUUUUAAGUAAACUUAUAUUAAAAUCUUCAAUAAAAUAUAUUAUUCCAUUUAUUUAUAGAAAUUAUUUUAAUCUUAUUAUUUAUUAUUGGAUGA